GUGGUGGGCAUGGACACUGAUCAAAGGCCUUUCUCCAGAGGAGGCCCUGCAGGUGAGGGCCAAGGUCGCCUGUCUGGAGGCCCUGAAGGGCCAAAGGAACGACUUGGGCCUGCAAAGAGCCUGGGAAGGAAACUAUCUGAAGCGAGACAGCCCCGACACAUCGUCGUCGUUCACGCUCGUCUCCAGCGAGCUGCAGCGCAAAGACAAAUUCAUGAGGGUUCUGUUCUCCUGCAAUGUUCGCAAGAUCAACCGUUUCCACAAGGCGGAGGACAGGACUGUGCUCAUCACUGACCGCCACCUGUACAAGAUGGAUCCCCUGAAGCAGUACAAGCCCAUGAAGAGCAUCCCCCUCUACAAC